UGCACUAGAAUCAUGUCGCUUUAAUAGAGGUCGGCGGAUUGUUGGAGAACAUUAGCAGCAGAUCAUUAACAGGGAUAAAGACUCACUGGAACACAUCUGCUCAUCUCUGCUUUUCUGACAGGGGAGUUAUUCCAGCUACCUGGGACUGUUUUAUAAACGAACAGCGCUCGGACCAAACAGAAGAAUUCCUGCAGGAAUAGAAUAUAUUAAUAAAAAACUCGACCUUUUCAUUGGAUACACCGUGAAGCUCUGAAACAGCUGUGAUAAAGAGACUUGUCAUUAUCACCGAAGGGCCACUGCUGAACAUUAGUCCUCAUCCCGUGGAGUGGAAACCCAAAACCUGAGCCAUGGAGGAGGAUUAUUACCACAUCCUUGGUGUCACGAAAAGCGCAUCUCCUGACGAUAUAAAGAAAGCGUACAGAAAACUUGCACUAAAGUGGCAUCCAGACAAAAACCCCAAUGACAAAGAAGAAGCGGAGAAAAGGUUCAAAGAAAUCUCAGAAGCAUAUGAAGUCCUGUCAGACGAAAACAAACGGAGAGACUAUGAUAGAUAUGGUAAACAAGGCCUGUCUAAUAGAGGUGGCCAUUAUGAUGAUGAAUACAUGAGCGGAUUCACUUUCCGUAACCCAGAAGACGUCUUCAGGGAAUUCUUCGGAGGUCAUGAUCCAUUUGCGGAUUUCUUUGCUGAUGACCCCUUUGAAGAUUUCUUUGGUGGGCGCCGUCACAGAGGGAUGAGCAGGAGCAGGACGACAGGUCCAUUCUUUCCUGGAUUUUCUCCAUUUGGUCCAUCCUUUUCUGGAUUUAACACAGGGUUCUCUCCAUUCGGCCCAAUGGGUGGAGGAAGCUUCAGCUCCUUUUCCUCGUCUCCAUUUGGUGGUGGAGGUGGGAUGACAAACUUCACCUCCAUUUCCACAUCCACCAAAUUCAUCAACGGAAAGAGGAUCACCACUAAACGUAUUGUAGAGAACGGUCAAGAGAGAGUGGAGGUAGAGGAGGACGGUCAGCUCAAAUCUCUCACAGUCAACGCUAUUUCUGAUGACUCUGAGGAAAGACGGAGACAGAACGCUCUCUGUGGUCCUGCCCCGCACAACCGAUACCUCCGAAACGUGGCCCAGAACCCUUCAGAAGAGGAGGAGGUGGAGGAGGAGGACAGAGGCCUGCAGAAUCUAGGAAUUGCCAGAGGGUUUUUUGACACCAGGAGAAAGAAGCUAUUGCUGAAGGAGUCAGACACCAAAAAGAAGCGGACGCCAAGACUCACUCCCCGUAUUGGGGUGUGGUUCUAAUUGUUUUAUUUAUGUACAGUUGUUUUUACUGUUCGUUUAAAAAACCCAAGGGAAUUUAUAUAGACAUGCCUGUUGAAUACUGUCACACAUUAUUAUUAUUUUAAAAAAGCAUGCAUAUACAGAACAUAAAGAAAACCAUCAUGCCUUGUGAAAAUCUAUACCUUCACUCACUUUACAUCCUGCUUUCAAAAGGCCUUCAGGAUAAAGUUGUAGAAAGGCACAGGUUAGAAGGCUACAAAACAUUUGUAGGCUGGAAACGUUAUUUGAAAUCCUGAUUAGAUUUCAGGUUGUAUGACAAAUAAAGUCAUUAUUUUAGGGGUAUGAUGGUUUUCUGUAAGCACUGUAACAUUCUCUGAAUGUUGUCAAAAUCAUAUAUUAAGUCACAGUCACAUCUGUAACAAUUUGGUUACUAUUUUUAAACUCUUUAAAAUUGGUUUUGUACAAAGUUUAAUGGCAGAGUACUAAAUUUGGGACAAACCAAGUUUAAUUUCACUAGCUAGUUCAUCAACAUUAGUUACCUUCCUACAUCUAUCACCUUUCUAAUUAGCACCAGUAGCAAAUUAGCUCAGAGGGAAAUAUGAAUAAUUCAUUAUAACAUAUGUGUGUAUGUAAUGUUCUCACAUUUCUCAAGUGGUAAGAAAUAUAGGAUUUUCUUUCAUUCUAAAAUCCUUGUGGUGAUGAAAACAGCCUUAUCUUUCAGAUUUGUCCAGAGGUCUGAUUCUGCCUGGGUGUUAGUAUUGAACCAGUUUCCUCUGGCGUCUAGUUUGCAUGUUGAGUGAGGGGUAAUAUGGAUUAUUUGUUAAAUAUAAAAUCUGAUCUGUAGCAGGUGCUACAAUGCACAUGAUGAAAAUGAUCUUUAAUUACCCUGAGCUGCUGUAUAAUAAGCAAUCACACUGACUUUUGUACUUGUGCUGUGCAUAUUGUAGAACAUUCCCUUCCUGUGAUUUUGAAAAGAGUCAGUUCAUAAAUGAGGCUAAACAUAGCACUAAUAUAAUAAUUAGACCCAGCUGAAAUAUUUAUGUAUUCACGUUUUUAAACAUUGAACAGAUUUCUUUAUUAGUUUGAAAAAGUAUUAGUUUGUCAAGCCUGUUUUCAGCCCUUUGAUAAAUUUUGAUGAUAAAAAUAAUGCAUUAUAAAAAUAAAAAAGCACAUUAAUGUUUGCAUGGUAGCUUUACAUUUGCUGCAUUUUGUAUUAAAGUAAAUUUGGUGUUUACAGCAAUAUAAAAGUGUAACCACAGAAAAGUCAAAUAUAAGAUGAUAUGAUGAAAAGAUAUUGGGCAGGUCAGAAUAGGUUUCUGAGAUAGGAAAGUGAGAAGGACAAGAGGAAAAAAAAGAAAGGAAAAAGAGAUUUUAAUUAUUCAUUCUGCAAUGUGAGAGAACACGUUUUUACCAGUUCGUCUUUUGAUCCAGUCUUAAGCACUGUAUCAAUAUUUCAGAGAAAACUCCAGAUGUGCUCUGUCCUUUCAGAAGCGGGAGUAUGGCUUUAAUUUCACUCCGACUCCUGCAUGUAUGUUUCAUUUUGGUUUUUGAUAUAAAAUCUGUGCUGACUCACAGUUGCUAUAUUAAAAAGAGAAAUAAAAAUGAAUUGAAAAAACCAAGAACUAGACAAACACAUUUUUAGCAAUGCAUAUUAAAAAGGUUCUACUCUGA